AUUGAGCCAAAAUUUUCAACCUAAUUUGUAAAGCUUCAACCUGACCAGGUCGACCGAAUCAAGAUGUCUGAGAAUGGUAACACGAAAAGAAUGAAGGAUCCACUAUUGAGCGAUCCACAUUCCAGGGCAGAUGACCUUUUGGUAAACCAUGAUAAUGGACAACCUCCCUCGUUAACAUGGCAGAGGAAAGUAAAUGACAAGGGCCACCAAUUGUCUGAAUUCACUCUAACCAUGCGAGAGAAGCUAAAACUGGCUCCACUGGGUAUUCGACUUGGAAGACAAAUUGUUGAAGACAUUGCAAGAGGACAGGUUGCGGUGAUUGACCCUCUGAAGAAGCGCAUUGGUAUGUCCUGCCAGGGUGUUCCUCUUGGUGGCAUUGGUGUAGGAAGUAUUGGAAGAAGCUACAGAGGUGAUUUUCAACGAUGGCAAUUGUUCCCUGGAGUUUGUGAAGACAAAUCUGUACUAGCAAAUCAAUUUUCUGUUUUUAUCUCACGCUCGGAUGGUAAGAAGUACUCAACUGUUCUGUCUCCUAGGAACCCAGAAUUGAUCAAACAAAAUUCCAUUUCAGGAGUUGGAUCUUGGGAUUGGAACCUGGAUGGUAAGAAUACUACCUAUCAUGCUCUGUAUCCAAGGGCCUGGACUAUCUAUGACGGAGAACCUGAUCCAGAUCUUAAAAUAGUUUGCUGCCAAAUUUCACCAUUUAUACCUCACAAUUACAAAGAGAGCAGCUACCCUGUUGCAGUGUUCACAUUCACACUGACCAAUCUGGCAAAGAUUGCUGCUGAAGUAACAUUGCUUUUCACAUGGGCUAAUUCUGUGGGUGGAACCUCUGAGUUUUCUGGAUAUCACUCUAAUUCAAAAAUGGUAGAGAAAGAUGGUGUUCGUGGAGUACUUUUACAUCAUAGGACCGAUGAUGGUCUACCUCCAGUAACGUUUGCCAUAGCAGCAGAAGAAACAGCUGAUGUCCAUGUCUCUGAAUGUCCUUGCUUCAUGAUAAGUGGAGAUUCUGAUGCAUUUACAGCUAAGGACAUGUGGUCUGCAAUCAAAGAGCAUGGAUCUUUUGACCACCUUGAUGCUCAUGAAAUUUCCUUUCAUUCUGAACCUGGAUCAUCAAUUGGAGCAGCUGUUGCAGCCUCUGUGGCACUUGCUUCACAAACGACCCGUACUGUGACAUUUUCUUUAGCGUGGGCUUGCCCUGAAGUAAAGUUUCCUAGUGGCAAGAUUUAUCACAGGCGCUAUACAAAAUUUUAUGGAAUUGAUUGUGAUGCAGCAGCAAAUCUUGUGCAUGAUGCCAUUAUUGAGCAUGGUUCCUGGGAGACACAGAUUGAGGAAUGGCAAAAUCCUAUUUUGCAGGAUAAGAGGUUCCCCGCUUGGUAUGCUGUCACAUUAUUUAAUGAACUAUAUUAUUUUAAUGCUGGAGGAACUAUUUGGACAGAUGGGUCACCACCAAUUCAGAGUUUAGCAACUAUUGAGGAAAGAAAGUUCUCCCUUGAUAUGUCGAAUGGAGAUUUUGACAACUUGACUGAGGUCAUAACAAGAAAGAACACUGCAGUCAAUCUCCUUGAUAGAAUGGCAUCAAUACUUGAAAAGUUGCAUGCGCCCAUUGCAUCUAACUCGGCUAUAGGGACAUCACUACUUCAAGGAGAAGAAAACAUUGGCCGGUUUCUCUAUCUUGAAGGGAUUGAGUACUAUAUGUGGAAUACCUAUGAUGUCCAUUUUUAUUCAUCCUUUUCCCUGAUCAUGCUGUUUCCAAAACUUGAACUGAGCAUUCAACGAGACUUCGCUGCUGCAGUAAUGAUGCAUGAUCCUGAGAAGGUCAAAACUCUGCACGAUGGCAAGUGCUCUGCAAGAAAAGUUCUUGGGGCUGUUCCUCAUGAUCUUGGGCUUUAUGACCCAUGGUUUAAAGUUAAUGCUUACAACCUUUACAACACAGAUAGAUGGAAGGACUUGAACCCUAAAUUCGUACUUCAAGUUUGGAGAGACACGGUAGCCACCGGUGAUAAGUCCUUUGCAAAAGCUGUUUGGCCUUCGGUGUAUAUGGCCAUGUCGUACAUGGAUCAGUUUGACAAGGAUAAAGAUGGAAUGAUUGAAAAUGAAGGCUUUCCUGAUCAAACCUACGAUGUCUGGUCAGCUACCGGUGUUAGCUCAUAUAGUGGAGGACUCUGGGUGGCUGCUCUGCAAGCUGCUUCGGCUAUGGCACGUGAAGUUGGUGACAGAGCCUCUGAAGAACUUUUCUGGGACAAGUAUCUGAAAGCAAAAUCUGUUUAUUACAAGUUGUGGAAUGGUUCUUACUUCAAUUAUGACAAUUCUGGUAGCAAGACAAGCUCAUCUAUUCAGGCUGAUCAAUUAGCUGGACAUUGGUAUGCUAGAGCUUGUGGUCUUACGCCAAUUGUUGAUAAGGAGAAAGCAAAAAGUACAUUUCAUAAAAUCUUUUGCUUUAAUGUCUUAAAAUUCAAGGAUGGAAAGAGAGGAGCAGUUAAUGGGAUGAGACCAGAUGGUACUAUUGAUAUGUCUUCCAUGCAGUCAAGAGAGAUAUGGCCUGGUGUAACAUAUUCAGUUGCUGCCGCAAUGAUUCAAGAAGGCAUGUUGGAAGAAGCAUUUAGAACUGCACAAGGGAUAUAUGAAGCUGCCUGGUCUCAAGAAGGAUUGGGGUAUUCAUUUCAGACACCUGAAGCUUGGAAUAACAACGACCAGUAUCGGUCGCUUUGCUACAUGCGCCCUCUAGCAAUAUGGGCGAUGCAGUGGGCUUUGUCACCACCGGUGCUCCAUAAAGAACCUGAAACAGCAUUACAAGGAGAGGCUCAUCUAAAUCACCAUGCCUCGUACUCAAGAGUUGCUAAACUGCUUAAACUGCCGGAAGAAGAAACUUCUAAAAGCAUUCUCCGAGUCAUCUGCGAAAUCACCUGCAGUCGGCUUAGAUCAUGAUUCGGGUUUGAGAAGCCCUCAACUCCUUUUGGUUACGUGCAAGCCUUUUAUCAUUCAUCAAAACUGCUGAGCUGGGGCACAAGGUUGUGUGUCUGCAUUGGCACACACGGCAUACAAACUACAGCAAUUUUUAUCCUUCAGCUCUACAUUUGGCCCCAUCGAUCUAUCAGAAUGAAAUAAAAAGUGUACUUCAAACCCUUUUGUGUACAUGUGAAUUGUGAACUCGAAAUGAAAAUAUGGCAAUCUCCGAGAUGAAAUGGUGCACUCCAAAUCCGGACACAUUACGCGUAAACAAACUUUACGAGAGUAUAUUUUGUAUCUCGAUGUCAUCAUUACCUUAAAAGAGUUGCCUCAUUUCAGAGAAAUCAAGGGAUUUUAUUUUCUAUAA